GUUGCAUAAAUUUCUGACAAGAAUCAUGAUAUUCACCCGCUUACGCACAAUAUAAGCACAUUAUGCAUAUACUUGUAAUAAUCACAUUACGCAGUCGUGUAUCUCGCGUGCACGGGACUACGAUAAGAAAUGUACAGCAAUGCAUCCUCAUUCAUGUUAUAUUUAUUUUCAAACAUUUAUAUUAUUUACAACGUUUACUACUCGCAAUUUUUGUGCAACGAUCUUUAAUAUGAAUUACGAGAUGUAUAAGUAGGGAGAAAAUUUAUGUGUUGAAUUAUGCGAGAUAUUAUCAGGUGUAACGUUUUACAAUUAAGACAUCUAUCUAUUAUUUCGACAUUAUCUUGAUCAAAAAUAAAUUUUAUCUGCCUUAAGAAUUAUUUUUCGCAAUUACAGAUGUUAUUUAGAUUACUUGCUUGGAACGUUAAUGAAUCUCCCUUAUUAAACGUUUUUAUUCCGUCAUAGGUGACGAUGUCGUAUAUGGAAAUUUACAAUGAAAACAUUCGCGAUCUUCUCAAUCCUACUUCGGGAUAUCUGGAUCUACGCGACGAUACUCGUGGUCGCAACGUUCAAGUCUCAGGAUUGACGGAAAUCUCUACCAAUUCGACAGAAGAGGUAAUGCAGUUGUUACACAGAGGUAACAAAGCGAGGACAGUAGAGCCGACUGCCGCCAAUAAAACUUCGUCACGAAGUCAUGCACUUCUCAGUGUUACUAUUAAACAAUUCUAUCGUCAAGAUGAUGAUCAACAUAUGCGCAACAAGAUGAAACAAGGGAGAUUAUUCAUGAUAGACCUCGCCGGAUCUGAACGGGCUAAGCAAACAAAGAACAAAGGCAAAAGACUGCAGGAAGGCGCGCAUAUCAAUAGAUCCCUUCUGGCGUUGGGUAACUGCAUCAAUGCUCUGUCUGGAGGAGCACGAUAUGUGAAUUAUCGCGAUUCCAAACUUACCCGAUUGCUGAAGGAUGCUCUAAGUGGUAAUUGCCGUACCGUUAUGAUCGUUCACGUGUCACCAAUGAGCGCGCAUCGCGACGAGAGUAAAAACACUCUGAUUUACGCGGACCGCGCCAAUAAGAUCUCCAAUAAGAUCGAGCGAAACGUAUUGGACGUCAGUUACUUACAUGUUGCACAGUACCGUGAUGUAAUCAGCGAUCUGAAAAGUGAGAUCUCACGCCUGCGGAAUAAAAUGACGGGCGAGAGACCGAGGCUGACGGAGAAAGAAACUUUAAAUGACACGCGUGGCAACGAUUUCAAAUCGUUAAGAGAGAAAAUUAUUUCCGCAUUUAAGGAGCAAAUGCGACUGCGGCGAAAGCUGAUGGAACUGGACAGCAAUCUUCUGAGCCUGAAUAUUGCUGCUGAACAACAGCACUCCAUAAUCUCUCACUGGGAAUCAAGAAAUAAUAGAGUAUACGGAAAAUCACGAGAUUCCAGUACACAUCGCUCUAGCACGGAUUACCAGGUGGACGAAAUAGACGACGUGGAUCUUUUAGACGAUGAUCUGGAGGAUGACGUAAUCGUGCAGCAAGCGUGGGCAGAACUGACGGAAAUCACAAGAGAGCAGGAGAGAUGUGCCGAAAUGCGCGCUGCUGCGGAAAAAGAACUCGAAGCCUGCCGAAAGUGCAGCGCUACGCUCGAAGAUCAACUACCCUCACGCAUCAACUCGGAUGAGGAGCGUGAGUUGUUAGCGUUGAUGCUGCGAGUUCACGAGCUCGAGGCAGACAAAAUGAUGUUGCAGAGCGAAAGGCUAGUCAAACAGCACGAACUCAGACGUCGCGAGCUAUUGCUGCUCCGUUACGAUCGGCAGCGACAAAUUUCCGAUGAGAUUAUUACUAGGCAACGACGGAUUAUGGAAGACGGUCGUUUGGCGCUUCCGCCCGAUCUGCAAAAUCUCUAUGCCAUGUAUCAACAAGAGAUCCAAGCCACUACUUAUGUCAGUAGCAGCCUCGGCGACCUCGUCGUGUCACCAACCGUGUCAUCCUUCAGUCGCGGCAAGUUACCACCCAUAUCCAGCAGACUCGGCAUUUACAAUCUUAGUAGUGAUUUGAGAAUAGCCAGUAGAGAAACUAAUGUAUGUACAUACCUAUGUAUAUAUGUAUACAUAUUAAAAAGAAGAAUUAUUUGGAGAAACAGUUCCACGGAUUCCGAUUGGGAUUCGCCGCUACCACCGAUUCAAGAGCCGCAAGAAGUGGAACACGUGAUGGGGCCAGUAGUGCAACCGUUAAUUUCACCGGCUGCCUUAUUUCCGCCAAUAUCGGCGACAAACUUACGAAAUCAAUGAGAACAUUUCGUUUAUAUAAUUAUUGAUAUGCAAAAUAUUGUAUAUUGUAUUUAAAUAUACAUAGAUGAUCCUGAUAAUUUUGGCGACAAACUUAAUAGUUCAACCUUUGUUUUUGUAAUAAAAAAUUAUGCGAAAGAAUCUCAGAGCACGAUAACUUUUAUAGCUAGUAUUAUACUCGCUACUGGACAUAUAAAAAUUGGAAAUAUACUUUUAUAUAAAAAUAUGUCUGUCGCUAAUGGUAUAAAGAUUAAAUUUUAGCUUGGCCUAAAAACUUAGUUUUGUUAAUCAUGUAUAAUGUGUAUUGAUAUGUACAACUGAAUUAAUAAUAUGUUAAAUGCGCUUAAUGGAAGUAAUUUUAGCUUUGAGUUUUAUCCUUAUUAUAUUCUAUUUUUGUCAAUAACUUGAGAAGAAAUAAUUAUAAUAUUUGGUUUUUAACUUAAUUUUUAACGUUUAGAAUACUUUUGUAAUUGCUGUCUUUCUAUCGCCAAAAUUAUUAGAAUCUUCAAAAUGCACUCA